AUGGAGCCGCCCGGGCGCCCGCGGGGCCGCGCGCCGCCGCCUCUGCUGCUGCCGCUGGCGCUACUGGCGCUGCUCGCGCUGCUGGGAGGAGGCGGCGGGGCCGCGGCGCUGCCCCCGGGCUGCAAGCACGACGGGCGGCCCCGAGGGGCCGGCAGGGCGGCGGGCACCGCCGAGGGCAAGGUGGUGUGCAGCAGCUUGGAGCUCGCGCAGGUCCUGCCCCCGGACACGCUGCCCAACCGCACGGUCACCCUGAUUCUGAGUAACAAUAAAAUAUCCGAGCUGAAGAAUGGCUCAUUUUCUGGGUUAAGUCUCCUUGAAAGAUUGGACCUCCGAAACAAUCUUAUUAGUAGUAUAGAUCCAGGUGCCUUUUGGGGACUGUCAUCACUAAAAAGAUUGGAUCUGACAAACAAUCGAAUAGGGUGUCUGAAUGCAGACAUAUUCCGAGGACUCACCAAUCUGGUUAGGCUAAACCUUUCAGGGAAUUUGUUUUCUUCAUUAUCUCAAGGAACUUUUGAUUAUCUUGGUUCAUUACGGUCUUUAGAGUUUCAGACUGAGUAUCUGUUGUGUGAUUGUAACAUACUGUGGAUGCAUCGCUGGGUGAAGGAGAGAAACAUCACAGUGCGGGACACACGGUGUGUUUACCCUAAGUCUCUGCAGGCCCAGCCGGUCACAGGUGUGAAGCAGGAGUUGCUGACAUGCGAUCCUCCCCUUGAAUUACCAUCUUUCUACAUGACUCCAUCUCAUCGUCAAGUUGUGUUUGAAGGAGACAGCCUUCCUUUCCAGUGCAUGGCUUCAUAUAUUGAUCAAGACAUGCAGGUGUUAUGGUAUCAGGAUGGGCGAAUAGUUGAAACUGAUGAAUCUCAAGGUAUCUUUGUUGAAAAGAACAUGAUUCACAACUGCUCGUUGAUUGCAAGUGCCUUGACCAUUUCUAAUAUUCAGGCUGGAUCGACUGGAAAUUGGGGCUGUCACGUCCAGACCAAACGCGGGAACAAUACCAGGACGGUCGAUAUUGUGGUCUUAGAAAGCUCUGCACAGUACUGUCCUCCUGAGAGGGUGGUAAAUAAUAAAGGGGAUUUCAGGUGGCCCCGGACGCUGGCAGGCAUCACCGCGUAUGUGCAGUGUGCGCGGAACACCCACGGCAGUGGGAUCUAUCCCGGGAACGCGCAGGACGAGAGGAAGGCCUGGCGCCGGUGUGACAGAGGGGGCUUUUGGGCAGAUGACGACUAUUCUCGCUGCCAGUACGCCAACGACGUCACUAGAGUUCUUUACAUGUUCAAUCAGAUGCCCCUCAACCUUACCAAUGCUGUGGCCACCGCCCGACAAUUACUGGCUUACACUGUGGAAGCAGCCAACUUUUCUGACAAGAUGGAUGUUAUCUUUGUGGCUGAAAUGAUAGAAAAAUUUGGAAGAUUUACCAAAGAGGAAAAAUCAAAAGAGCUUGGUGACGUGAUGGUUGACAUCGCAAGUAACAUCAUGCUGGCUGACGAGCGCGUCCUGGGGCUGGCCCAGAGGGAGGCGAGGGCCUGCAGUAGGAUCGUCCAGUGCCUACAGCGCAUCGCCACGUACCGACUCGCUAAUGGAGCUCAUGUGUAUUCAACAUAUUCACCCAAUAUUGCUCUGGAAGCUUAUGUCAUCAAGGCUACUGGCUUCACUGGGAUGACGUGUACCGUGUUCCAGAAAGUGGCAGCUGCUGACCGCACAGGCCUUUCUGACUACGGGAGGCGGGAUCUGGAUGGAAACCUGGAUAAACAACUGAGCUUUAAGUGCAAUGUUUCAAAUACUUUUUCAAGCCUGGCGUUGAAGAACACGAUUGUGGAAGCUUCUAUUCAGCUGCCGCCUUCCCUCUUCUUACCAAAGCACAAGAGAGAAGUCAGACCCAGCGAUGACUCCCUCUGUAAGCUUCAGCUCAUCGCUUUCCGCAACGGGAAGCUUUUCCCGGCCACCGGGAACUCGACGAAGUUGGCUGAUGAUGGGAAACGGCGCACAGUGGUUACCCCCGUGAUCCUCACCAAAAUAGAUGGUGUGAACGUCGAUACCCACCACAUCCCUGUUAAUGUGACGCUACGUCGAAUUGCGCACGGAGCAGAUGCUGUGGCCGCCCAGUGGGACUUCGAUUUGCUGAACGGACAAGGAGGCUGGAAGUCAGAUGGGUGCCAUAUACUCUAUUCGGAUGAAAAUAUCACUACCAUGCAGUGCUACUCCCUCAGUAACUACGCGGUUUUGAUGGAUUUGACGGGGUCUGAUCUCUACACGCAGGCAGCCAGUCUCCUGCACCCUGUGGUUUACACCACUGCCGUCAUUCUUCUUUUGAGCCUCUCCGUAGUCCUUGUCAGUUACAUAUUCCAUCACAGCUUGAUUAGAAUCAGUCUCAAAGGCUGGCACAUGCUUGUGAACUUGUGCUUUCAUAUUUUCCUGACCUGUGUGGUCUUUGUGGGAGGAAUAACCCAAACUAGAAAUGCCAGCGUCUGCCAAGCAGUUGGAAUAAUUCUUCAUUAUUCCACCCUUGCUACAGUACUAUGGGUGGGAGUGACAGCUCGAAAUAUCUAUAAACAAGUCACUAAAAAGGCUAAGAGAUGCCAGGAUCCUGAUGAACUGCCACCUCCACCAAGACCGAUGCUCAGGUUUUACCUGAUCGGCGGCGGGAUACCUAUCAUAGUCUGCGGCAUUACAGCGGCCGCGAACAUCAAGAAUUACGGCAGUCGGCCAAACGCACCCUAUUGCUGGAUGGCGUGGGAACCCUCCUUGGGAGCCUUCUACGGCCCUGCCAGCUUCAUCACUUUCGUAAACUGUAUGUACUUUCUGAGCAUAUUUAUUCAGUUGAAAAGACACCCUGAGCGGAAAUACGAGCUGAAGGAGCCCACGGAGGAGCAGCAGAGGCUGGCCGCCAAUGAGAAUGGCGAAGUCAGUCAUCAGGACUCCAUGUCCCUGUCCCUGAUUUCGACAUCAGCCUUGGAAAAUGAGCACACUUUCCAUGCUCAACUCUUGGGGGCCAGCCUUACUUUGCUCUUAUAUGUGGCUUUGUGGAUGUUUGGGGCCUUGGCUGUCUCUCUGUAUUACCCUUUGGACCUGGUUUUCAGCUUCUUCUUUGGAGCCACGUGUCUGAGCCUCAGUGCGUUCGUCGUGGUUCACCACUGUGUCAGUCGGGAGGACGUCCGGCUCGCGUGGAUCAUGACUUGCUGCCCGGGCCGCAGCUCGUACUCAGUCCAGGUCAACGUGCAGCCCCCCAGCUCCAGUGGGCCGAGCGGGGAGGCUCCCAAGUGCACCAACAGCAGUGCGGAGUCUUCCUGCACCAACAAGAGUGCGUCGAGCUUCAAAAACUCCUCCCAGGGCUGCAAAUUAACGAACCUGCAGGCGGCUGCUGCUCAGUGCCAAACCAACUCCCUGCCCUUGAACGCCACGCCUCAGCUGGACAACAGUCUGACGGAACACUCGAUGGACAAUGAUAUUAAAAUGCACGUGGCGCCCCUAGAAGUGCAGUUUCGAACGAACGUGCACCCAAGCCGCCACCAUAAAAACAGAAGCAAAGCGCACCGGGCCAGCCGCCUGACGGUCCUGCGGGAGUACGCCUACGACGUCCCCACCAGCGUGGAAGGCAGCGUGCAGAACGGCUUGCCCAAAAGCCGACCGGCCAGCGGGGAAGGACACUCCCGGAGCCGAAGGGCUUAUUUAGCCUACAGAGAGAGACAGUGCAACCCACCCCAGCAAGACAGCAGUGAUGCUGGUAGCACACUUCCCAAAAGCGGCAGGAAUUUUGACAAGCCCGUUUCCACUAGCAGUAAAAAAGAUGCAUCAAGGAAGCCAACUGUGGUUGAGCUGGAAGGUCAGCAGAAGUCUUAUGGCCUCAACUUGGCCAUUCAGAACGGACCAGUCAAAAGCAACGGUCAGGACGGACCCCUGCUGGGUACGGAUAGCACUGGCAAUGUCAGGACUGGAUUAUGGAAACACGAAACGACUGUGUAGCGCUGGUGGGCUUGCAAGGCAGAAGUCCAUGCAAACUGAUAGUCACAUUCCUUUCAGCUAUGAACGUGUGAAAACAGUUUACAGCCGCCUUAGGGAUUCAAAGGAAUUUUGAAUAAACUUCUAAGUUUGGGA